GUUCGGUACGGCAGCCGUUGCGGAGGGGCGCUGUUGCCGUGAGGGGUGCGCGGCAGCAGUGGAGGGGUCGGGAAGGGCAGGCAAGGGUGAGCCGCCACCACCGCCACCCCUUCCGGCCUUCUCCUCGGUGGGGUCGUGCCCUCCGCCUUCGCCAUGCACCCCGUUUUCCAGAGUAGCCGGCGCGACUUCGCCUUCGGGCCGUGGAAGCUGAGCGCCGCUCGCACGCACAUCAUGAAGUCGGCGCAGGCCGAGAGACUGGCUGAAGAACUGCAUAUGCCUUCCCUGCCAGAGAUGAUGUUUGGAGACAAUAUCCUGAGAAUACAGCAUGAACAUGGUUUUGGAAUUGAGUUCAAUGCAACAGAUGCUUUAAAAUGUGUCAAUAAUUGCCAAGGUAUGAUCAAAGUGGCUUGUGCAGAGGAGUGGCAAGAGAGCAGGAGCGAGACUGAGCACACUAAGGAAGUUGUCAAGCCAUAUGAUUGGACUUAUACAACUGACUACAAAGGAACAUUGCUGGGAGAUACUGCAACGCUAAAGGUUGUUCCUACGACAGAACAUAUAAAUACAGAGAAAUUGAAAGCCAGGGAACAAAUUAUGUUUUUUGAAGAAGUACUUCUGUUUGAAGACGAACUUCAUGAUCAUGGAGUGUCAAGUUUGAGUGUAAAAAUAAGAGUUAUGCCUUCCAGCUUUUUUGUGCUGUUGAGGUUUUUCUUGCGAGUUGAUGGAGUACUUAUCAGGAUGAACGAUACGAGGCUUCACCAUGAGUCUGACAAGGCUUAUAUGUUGCGAGAAUAUACGUCGAGAGAAAGCAAAAUAUCAAGUUUAAAGCAUGUGCCGCCUUCUCUGUUCACGGAGCCUAAUGAGAUCUCUCAGUAUCUACCCAUAAAGGAGACAAUAUGUGAAAAACUAGAAUUCCCAGGGACAUCAGAAUCUAAUAAACCGGAGGCACCACUGGAAACCACGUGUGUUAAGUCAAAAUAAAUGUGACUUUAUAUGGACUGAAUUAGACUGGAGAUGGUGUGAUCGUGUAGGCAUUACUGGGGGGUACAGUUUCACUACUAGUGGAAUAAAGAAUUUGGCUAUUUUUCUGUAGCCCUAAAAGAAAACAGAACUCAUUUCAACAAGGUUUUGCUGAUGUGUGUUCUAUCCUUUUUGUUUGUUUCUCUUAAAUCUGUAUCUGGAGUUAAUGAUAGAGUGGUGGUAAAUUACAGUCUUCAGUGGCACUGGAGAAGGACUUUCACAAUUAAAGAGUCUGGGUUCUCUUCAUUUCACCACUGAGGCAGGACUAUUGCCUGGGCCCGCCAAUGCAAACGCUUCCAUGAAGAUUUUGUUAGUCACUUGGUGUCUGAAGCAGCAAUAUUGGUCAUAAAAUUGGCAUAAUUUUAUUUUUAUGGAGAAUAAUUACAGUAAAAAUUAAUAAAUACAAUUCCUCUACAUAUGUUUGGGGCUUUCAGUCCUAAGUGAUACGUUUUGCUUGGCUUCUCCUACUGCAAGCUGAUAACCCAUCAAGUUACUUGGGUGGGGAGAAAGGACAUUUAUUGUCGUAGAUCCCUACAGGAUGCUGGUAUUUGCAAUUUGAGAAAGAGGAGCUUAUGUAGCUUCAAAAGGAUGCUAGCAUGUAUUCCAGAUGCAUAAUUUUGGUUUAUUAAAAAAAAAAAAAAGUUCUAAUAUCAAUAGAAGUGUGAUCACAGGUGCAGUCACUAUUCUAACUUCACAUUUUGUGGAUUAAACUUUAAAUAAUUCUGUUGCUUUUGGAAAUCUUAAAUUACAUUGACAGUCUGGGCUAAGAUUGGGGGAGAUAAACAGACUUGUCUAAGUUUGCUGUUUACAUUCAGUGAAGUGCAAGAAGCUAAGGACUGCAGCAAAAUCCAGGCCUUUUGCUUUAAGACAGGGGCAGAUAAGAAUGUGCAGAUUCUGAUGUCCUGGACAGUUUUAGUUAAAAAUCUUCAUAUUCUACACUGUGUGUCUUCAAACAAGUUUUAGAGUGGGUUGUUUCUAUUAAGCACGUCUUUUGAGAAGUGGUUUUCAUUUAAAGACAGUGCUGAUGUUUUUUAUAAGAAGUGCACUACUAUUUAAGUGACUGCACUUGUUUCCAAAGGUUGUAGUGUCGGGACAAAGUGUUAUCUGGCUGUAAAUGAAUGCAGAGUGAAAGUGAUGCAAAUUCAUCUGGAAAGAGAAUAUUAUUGAAGUCCCCUCCAGUGGUAGAGGGAUACGAGCAGAGAAUGAAAAGGAAGGGAACAACAAAGGCGUGAAGAAAUACUUUGCCGGUAGGAGUAAAUCAGGGCACUUUUCCUCUAAGACUUUACUAUUUUACAUGCCUUACAGGCUUACAAAAGCACAAUUUGAAGUCAGAGCUGGCAGUGAUAGAGAACUGACGUUGUGCUAACAUGAAGGAAACUACAUCGGCAUUCAUUAAUGAAAAUUAUGAUUUGGGUUUACUCAGUGACACUAAUACUAAGCUCCACUGAGCUCGUCUGGGGGGGACUCACAGAACUGACACCUGGUGUUGAAAAGGGUGCUCUGCAUGUGUAAUUGAUAUCGUGUAUUUUACCUCGUCCAUCAUACUUACAGACUUGUGACCAGUUGAUGCAGUUGUCUUCAAUGGACUUGAAUCCUGAAUAUAUAGCUAUGAUAUCCAUUUGUUUUGGGUGCUGUGCAUUUAAGUGGAACACAGAGAUUGGAGAAAUCACGAGAACAUGUUUAGAAAGUCAGUUACCACAAAGUAAAACGUAGAACGCUCUUCCUGCCUCUGUUACACCGCACAGAUGAGCAUGAAGCAGUAAGAUAAGCUCUCUGGUACAACUUUGCCUGAGAAAAGUACUACUUUGGGUAUGUAAUUAUGGGAGGAGGGCGUGGGGUGAUUCUCCAGCUGUUUUGUAGCAAGUUGAACAUACGGCAAUUUAUAUUCUUUCUUGUAUGUUAAUAAAUAAAAUAUACCUGACA